ACUAUCAGCAGAUGGAUUGGGGACAGUAGAAGAAGGGGAGGAUCAGAGAAGACAGGAUUAAACAGCCAGGGGCAUCUCCAGGGGCGGACUGACAACUCAUGGGGCCCCCGGGCAAUAGGGGAUCAUGGGGCCCCUGUGUCCUUGCCUAAACUCAAAAGAGCCUAUGAAAAAGGUACCAGGGGCAUCUCAUGUGGCCCCCUACUGACCCGGGCCCUCGGGCAGUGCCUUAGUUUCCAAAUGGUCAGUCCGCCCCUG